ACAGACAGCCCAGGGGGACGCGGAGCAGGUGUCCACAGACCCUGUCCGACAGCUGUGAGAUCUCGGCGGGAGCUGGAGUGAGGCUGGAUCUAUCAGCUCGGUUCGUAUGGGGUCCUGUCCAUAACGUAGGGCUUUCCACUCUCUCCAUUCCUCUCAGCGAACAAGGAAAGCAGCUCGGUAGCCGUGUUCCAAAUUCUCACCCCAACUGGGAGAAUGCUCAGGAAAAUCCCUCUGUUCAUAGUGUCUGCAAAAAGCAGCCAGGGACUACUGAUUCUCCUAGUGCACGUUACCUGCAGGAGCAAAUACUGACCCAGACUUCUCCAGGUGCAGAUGCACAGGUUGAUGGCAAGGGAGGACCGUCUCUCAUUUACACAGUGGCAAGGAAGGACGGAGCUCCCCUGGGGAAAUGCAGAGUUAAUCCUGCAGCGGGGAUCUCCCUAAAACAAAGGUCUGUGCAGGCAUGCAUGGCUGUGUUUCACUGCGUGUUAUUUUGUAAGAGAUUUUGUGUCCAUGAUCUGGGUUAAAAAUAACCUAGAAAGGUUAACCAGAAAAGUUAUUUUUAAGCUGUGUCGUUUCAGUGAUUUAUCUACAGUUUAGCCUAUGCAGAAUCAGAAGUGAUGGCACUACUGAGAGGAUGGCAAGCACUGUUGAGAUGGCAGAAAGAAAUGAUUGGAGUGGAGGGGGGAGGGAUUGGGCACUAGACAAAGGAUUUGUUGGUAAUUUUUGCUCUGCUUCUGGAUGACAAAAGCCACCUGAAAUGGAAGGUAGCAAAGAUGACAGUUUGAUCCUGUGGACUCUGUACAGUCUUACCAAGCAGUUACUCUCAGAAAUAAAGAAUUUCAGAUUCUACAGCAAGUAAUGGGAGAGCUCUGACUAUAGGUUGCACUGUUUGUCCUCUGUUGAGCAGAGGAUCUUAAGCGAUUGAAGUUCGAAGCAAGACACUCCAGUGUUACUGUUCUGUUUGUAAAAGCAGUGAAUGUUCAUUAAGGAAAACAGUAGCCAACUGGAUCUGUACAGAUUCCAAAUAUUCAAACUUUUAGCAGCAAUCCCCCUGCGUUACUUACCAACAGAGUGGAAACUUCACACCAGCACAGAGCCUAGCAGAAAGUGGGGAAUCAGCCAAAACCUGCAUUCCCGUGUCCAGUCUCCAGUGAAAAAUACUCCCUAGUCAACAAAGAAAAAGGACUACAAGCACUUAAAUGAGAAAAUGGAAUGGGUUAACUCUAGAGGAUUAGUAAUACAGUUCACUUUGUCUGACAGACCAAUGUAAACAUGAUUUACUAUCUUCUGCUGUUCAUAUAGUGUCUGUUUAGCAGAAGGGGGUAACUCUGGAAGGAGAAAGGGAGGUGUAAAUUUAGUUCAGAAAAUCUAAAUUUAUGGCCAAUCAUUUCCAGCAACUGGCCAAGCUCACCUGAUGGCACAAGCUGCCCUAGCUGUCUUGCAGGUUCUUAGCCAGUUGUACUGGGACUCAUUGGAGUCUUCUCUCAAUUGAUUGAUCUGGCAAAAAAUGAAUCCAAUAAAAAAAGCAGAGUUUUCUGCUGAGUUAUUGAACUGAAUAUGUUCAAUGAAGCGUUCAGUGAGCUUCAGAGCCAGUUCAAGAGACUAGGCCAGUUAUGGCUUGAGUGGGAUGAGUAACAGAGGCAGAAACAGUCAGCUCCUUUAAUUCAGCAGGUUCAUAGAUGAGUUUAGCAAUGUUGUCAACAACAUGCAGAGCCUUGUGAUCUUCCUUUUUGUAUUAUAGAUACCAGAACAAAUGCCAUUUACAUACGAUGUGAGUCACUGUAAAGUUCACUCAGAAGUGGGACACUACUGGAGGCUCAUUAACAAACACUGGCCUACAUUGUUUGGGUUAGUAGAAAGGGACUGUAUGUCAAGUCUUCUUGGGAAGCAGAAAUUCCAGGAUCAACAAUCCAGGUGGAAAAAAUAAAAAUUUUAGUAUAGAAGCUACUUCUCUGAUUUUUCUUAUCACUACAUACCAUUCAUCCCAAUUAGUCUCAUUAUUGCUGGAUAUGAAUGGUCUGUGGCAAGGAGGCUUUAGAGGCAGCAGGUGAUACAUAGAAUUACAGAUAAAUGCAUUUUCUGCCUUUAAUUCAGAUGCUGCCCAAGUAUACAAGUACUGUUUGCAUGUUUAAAAAGCAGUCUGUUUGGUCUAGAUAGCUGCUAUGCCCCUCAAGACAAAAAACUCUUCACAGUUUCAUUUUAAAGUUAUUUCAGUGUUGCAGGCUCCCUACAACACACAGAAGUACAAAAGUAUAAUGAAAUUAUAUUAAAUGAGUACUGUAAGACCUCUAAUACUUGGCAUUGAGAAACAAAAAUCAAAACAGCUGACUUUAAGGCAUUCUAGGACAGCAGAAAAACAUCAGCCUUCUACAGAGGCUUUUGAAAAAUCUCAUUUUAAAAAACAGCUAGUGCAGAACUUACCUCUCUGUGAAGCUUGUAUUAAAAAGGUGCCUAGAAGAGGUCUUGUACAAUAAUGUUAUGCACUGUAAGUUUACACAGAAUUUAAAUUGAAAGAGUUAUUUCCAGCAUUCAGCAAACAUCACUGCUUUCUUACUUUCUGCUUCCCCUCCAGUCAGUACUUUCACAGCUACUGCCAGUCCCUUCUGUUGCUUUAGGAGUAUCUUUCAACUAAGUUCCCAGUGGAGCAUCUGAUAUUUUUCCAAGAAAAGCCCUUUUCAGACUCUGAACGAACAGUCCUUUCAGUACAAACCCUGUGCCCAACAACUCUCUACAUAAAAGCCCUCAUUAUGAAUAUUGAGUCAGUGGGGCUUUCUCAGUCAGCAUGUGUUGCUGAUCAGGCAUUCUUGACCUAGAAUUGGUAUUUCUCAUAUAGUUUGCAAGAAGCACUAAAGCACAUUAAAAUGUGCACUACAUUAAAAAGUAGUGUAGACUAAUGACUACAAAAAAGAAAGAUGAGAAAAAGAAAAGAAAAUGACAUAAAAUCUUUGAUUUGGAAUUGGCAAUCCUGUAACCUCUCCCUUAGCUGCCAUCUCAUUAACAUAUUUGUUCAAAGGACUCUUCUCUGCUUCAUUACAUAAUUUGUAUCACAAAAUUCAUACAAACAUUCAUUAUUCCCAGAUCUAGUUAAUGGCUUACAUGCCUUACUUGCUUACCUUCUUCCUUUUUUUUCCACUCCCCCCCCCCCCCCCUUUUUUUUUCUUUUUCCCAGGGAGAACUGGGGGACAGAGAGCAUUUUUUUGAGAUGGGAACUGAAUUGGGAAAUGAACUGGACCAAUUUCUGACUAGUGAUUGGGACAUCUGUUGUAUGUACCAUUACAAUACAUUGUACAUACACUAGUGAAUGAUUCUUCCCAACACCUGCAAAACAGAAGUGUUAAUAUUGUUGCCCUGUUUUACAGAUAGAGAAGGUAAAUUCAUAUUUUCUGCAUCUCCUGUACUUAGAGUUCCACACCUGGUAGGGUCUAUAGUAUCAGGGAAGAGCUCCUUAUAUCACACUUUUGUGAGGUAUCAGUUGCAAUAACAGAUACACAAAAUGCUAGGCCUUCAUCAAGAGAUCCUGGAGAUGUGAGUACUGGUAUUGAAAUGAAGAUGUGAAAUUCUGUUUUGCUCUAAAUGACAUUCCUUUAUUAGCUCCCUGUGUAAAACUGUACACCUGCAUGAUCCCCAGCUGAGAUCAACUGAUGGGCAGGACUUGCUGCACCUGUGGCCUCUUCAUGCCAUCAGACAGUCCCAGCCAUGGCAGAAUAGGGAGAAAAGGUAGAGCCAGUUAGCACAGGCUGGAGGUUUCACCUUGCAGACACUGAAAUACUGGAGGGGUCCAGGAAUAACUGGGGAACACUAGGGUCUGGGAGCCUAUAAGGGCAGAGCUGAGCAGCCCUGCUGCAAGGCUUGGUGAGGUGAGGCUGUUGGACCAAUGCUGGGCUUCUGCCCAUGGUGUUGAUAGGCAAAUGUUUUCUCUCCACCAGCUAGCAGUUGUUGUCUGUGACAUGAGCACUGCUCUGACUUGACUGGACAAGCACCAGGGGUUCAAGGUGGGUUUGUAAGGCUGGAUGGUAGUGUAACUGCUGCUCCAGAGGUGGAGGGGGACCACAGCAUGCCCCGACCCUCCUUGCUUGCUGCAAAUCAAUCAUGCAGCAAAGGCCCCAUAGCCCUUUGACCGAAACAUGCUGAGAAAACAGUGGCCAUGGUGACAUCAGCUAGGCUGUGACAAAGCAUGGAACCCAGAGUCACAGUCCACCCUGCAGGUGGAGCCCACCACCUGCAGGGCAGCCCUGCUGGCCAGGGGCUGCCCUCUCUGCCUGCAGUGCCCUGGGGUUUGUAUUGUGGUGCUGCCUAUCCCUCUCUGCUGGUACCCAUCCAGACUACAACCUCGUAAGCUGUGAUGUCAUAGUUAUCAUCAAAGUAUUGCUGGAGUGAGUUUACAGAAGAAAAGAUAUCCAGCAGAAUAACAAGAAAAAUUAUGACUGAAGGGACCAGAUUCUGCAAAAACUGCAAACGAGAUGUGUCUACUGCCAAUUUCUCCCUCCAUGAGGCCCACUGCUUGCGGUUUCUCACUCUCUGUUCAGAAUGUGAUGAACCAGUUGCCAGAAAGGAUAUGAAAGACCAUCAAACAGAAGCACACAAGCAGGUCAGAUGUAAUCUUUGUUGCCGAAGUAUGCAGCAAUAUCAGCUGGAGCAUCACAAGACCAAGGAAUGUCACAAACGAGCAAUGAAAUGCAAAAUCUGUGAAUUGGAAAUGCCCUUCAACAAGCUGCAGGAACACCUGAACACCUGUGCCAGUAGAACAGAGCGGUGUUGGGAGUGUAACAAAUAUGUUAUGUACAAAGACCAGAAAAAACACAAAGAUAUUUGUCAGAACAGUGGUCUGUCCUAUUAUAAGGAUGUGAACUUUCAAACCAGGAAUGCAUAUACUAAUGCAAAAUUUAUUGACCCCACUGGUGCCAGUGACAAUAUUUGUCUGAGGUGCAAUAAGUCAUUCCCAGACAACCAGUACUCCCAACAUCUGAAGAAUAACUGCAGCGCAACCCAUAAUCUGACUGAAGUUCUUGCUGGCCAGUCAACUUCAAAACCCGUCAGUGAUUCACCACUGUCUUCUUCCUCUCUGGCUCCCUCUUCCUGCCCUGUGAGUGCAACUACAUGGAAAGACAUCUCUCCCAAAGGGAAAAAAAGGGAACAUCCAUUGACCUCCAAAACCUUGCUCAAACCUCCAAAGAACAAAAGGAUGGUUGGUAUUCACUUUCCCACUGAAAGCGAACUUUCCACAUCAUCUCAAGUUCUUAAAGACACUCAGUCUUAUGACAUGCUGGUGACCUGUGCCCACUGCAACACUCCUCUGCCACUUUCAGCCCUUCAGAAACAUGAGAUCAAAUGCCUACAUUUUAUAUCUUUGAAAAAUGUUAAGAUGAACCAAAAACCACGCAGUGGAAAAAAAGAAGACUCUUUCUAGGGUACUCAUGAUUAAAUCUGGAAAUAGAGAGACAUUUUCAGACUGAAACUUCACCUCAGCUUUGGCAAAAGGCAUCAAAGGUCCAGUAACUUUAUCAACAAAGAAUAAAAGUGACUUGCUACUGCAGAUCAAGAGCAAAGAGUGACUCAGAUUAAUUCCUUAUCAGAAGAGGCUUCUAACAGGUUUCACCAAAAAACUCUAGAAGUGAUGAGGGUUCAGUGGCUGUUGUCAUUUCAAAUAUUUCCUAGUAAGCUUGCCUCAGGAAUGUGCUUCUUCCACCCUGCAUCAGCGGGGAGAGAGGCUUAUUUAAAAAUGUUUCUUCUGGGGGAGGGGAGGAAAUAAGGAAUUCAGAAUUGUCAUGUUGAGUGUCGUCAAUUCCUCUUGCCCUCACUGAGGGCUGAGACCUUCGUGUUUUUCAGAAUAUAGCGGAGUAAAAGUAAAACACAUCAAAUUCUAUUUUUCCUUACCUUGGCGAUCCACUCGACUUAGGGCCCAAACAGCUUAGCCUUGGGAGAUUUAGGGACGUUUGGGGAUGACUGUCAGUGUUCACAUUUUGACAUGAAAAGUCCAAAUGGAAACUGCUAAAAGCUGGUAAACUCUGACCAGUGUUUAGUGAAUUGCAUUUAGAAGCUUGCAAGAAUUCUCCAGCCACAUCCACCAUGGAAUUUUAAAGCAUGGUAUAAGCCUCUUACUGAGGCUUACUUAAAGUUUUUAAAAGUUAUUCUGAACUUCUGGUAACAAGGCCUAACACUGAGCGCGGUGUGACGAAGGCAUUUUGUCUGGAAGCAGAGGGAAGGAUUGAAACACGUCUGUUAAAGGUGUACCAUGCUAUGCAUGAAUUUAGCCUCUUAUUUUGCACUUGUUAGACUUUUACAUAGUUUAUUAUUCUUAACAUUUUUGGAUAUCUAUCACAGCAAUGGACUCAUCUCCACACAAACAUACAAUCUCCUUCUCUGUUGUUUAUUCUGGGGAUUUAUCAGGCCUCUCAGGAACUCCUUUACUGCUUUUUAAAUCUGUUUGAGGAGGGCUGGUAAAUGUAGCAGAGUCUGAUGAGAGUCUGUGAACAAAACAAGUUUGGAGAGGAGCUGGGCAGGCAGCUCAUGAUCCACAACCUGAAUCUUCACGUGGAGAAAAGAAAACAUUUUCAUUCCCUUUGAAAAGUAUUUUCAAAAACUUUGCUGUCUACAAAAACAAACAAACAAAAACAAAACCCACCACCACCACCACCACCAACAACAAAAACAACCUGGGAGGGCAGCAAGCAGGCAGGGCGACCUGCUCGCAUGUUUGCGUGUCUUCAGUAGUCAGCUGAGCUGCACAGCACGGUGCUGCGGGUUGUCCUGCACAGGGCAGCCACAGGUCACACCUUUGCAGACAGUAACCAAAGUGCCAGUGCUUGCAAAGUACCACAAAACUGGCGUUAGAGCAAAAAGAAAACUCUAUCCUUGCAACUCAUUGUUACUGUUACUAUUUUGGAAGGGCGGUGUGUGGGAAGGCCCGGUUUACUCAUCAGGCGGCAGCUCCCGCCAAGGAGCAGCAGCAGGAUUGGUGCUGCAGUGCCGCCCUGCGGCUCGCGCUGGUAUCGGCGCGCGCCCACCGCCUCGUGACGGCAGGAGACGUUGGCCCUGGGGAGAAAACGGCCGGAGCUGCCGCGCAGCGCCUCCUGCGUCCAGCCUCAAACAGCACUUCCUCACUUACUCAGGUUAUAUAGCUUUUAGCACUCCUAUCAUUUACGCCUAAAGUCUUACCGUGACCUGCUGGGGGGAGAAGGUCCUUGUGUGCAAAUCUGAGUGCCAGCAGCUAGCAGUUUGUCUCAGCAAAAAGAGAUCCACUUGUGAACCACCAGAACGGACGAGCCAAAUGAAAGUACAUCUUGUGGAUGUGGAUAGCGUGACUCAAAGCAGUUUCUCUGCCGCACUGCAAGGUGAGAGGACAUCAACUUGGAGGUGCAUCUCCUCAGGCUCUGGAAACACAUAUCUCCUGCUGCCGGAGCACUGCAUGUCCAUGUACAGCUUCUGGAGGACUCUGCUAAGCUUACUUUCAUGUUGGAGCUCUGUUUGACAAAGAGGAGAAAAAGUCCCUGAAGACUGCAAGCCCUGGUUGCUGCAGCAGCCUCUGCUUCCUUCAGAAGGCUGCCUCUGCCCUACCUGGGGAAGCGCUCCUGCUGUCUGAGGUGCCGGAUGCGGGUGGAGAUGGGUGGCUCAGAGGACUCUGGAAUUACCUCCGUGUGGCCAUGGCAGCCCGCAGGAUGGAGGAGCGCAGUGCAGGUGCGUAGCGGAGGCUCUUGUGGCGCCGCGCCGCAGCUGGCAGUAAUCACAAGGACCCCAAACAGCAUUGCUUCUGCAUACCCAGGGCUCAGGAGGAUCCUGCAACUUCCCUGCAUGUUUGAAAUGAAAAAAAAACAUUCCCCUGUCCAGCAAAACAGAGACCGUGCUGCUGAACAUCAGACUGCUGCUGCCUGUGGCUGGAGCAGGAGGUGCUCAAAGGCUUCAGACAGAAAGCCUUCCUGCAGGCAACCUGCCCUCGUUCAUUGUACAAGAGCCCUCAGUGAAUAUUCUGCAGCACACAGAUGAGGAUAUCAACAUGCUUGACUGCAGGAUCAGCCCUUACUUUACAGCCAACACUCAGAUUCUCUGGCCUGGGAGAAAGGUCAAAGCCCACGGCCUGGACACGUGGUUCACUUGCACCAUUGAGCACGCAGCUGGGAAAUACACAGCCACAGCCUUCCUUGUGCAAGGCCAUGAGGACAGAGAGCACCAAACUCCAGGACAGCUUCAUCAGGGCAUCGCAGAGCAGACACGCGUAUCAGCGGUGCUGGCGGCGCGCACGCGGCUGCCCCGGGUCCGUACGGCGCUGGGGAAGGACGUGGUGUUGGACUGCGCCUUCGCCGCCGACCCGCGGGCGGCCGUGGCCGUGCGGUGGGCGCUGCGGAAGAAGGGGAGGCACGAAAGGUACAUCGCCACCUCCGGCGGCCGCGCGGAGAUGUUCCCGCAGGAGCCCCGCGGUAACGCAUCCCUGUUGAUCCGGCGCGUGGAGCUCAGCGACGAGGGGACGUACAUCUGCACGGUGGAGGCGGCAGCCCUCGUGCUGGAGCAGGCGAUCCAGCUGCAGAUAACAGAAAAGCCCACGGUGACCGUCAACGUGAACUCCCUGUCUCUGGUGGAGGGGGAGCAGCAGAAGUUGGUCUGUGACGUCCGCAACUACUACCCUGCGGACAUCCACGUGCAGUGGCUCCGUGAGCCGCAGAGCGCCGGGCAGCUCCCCGACACCGUGCCCAACGUCCUCACCAGCAGCCACCUGCGCAGCAGCAAUGGCACCUACAGCUUCUCCAGGUUCUUCCUGCUGACAGCAACCCUACGUGACAAUGGCCACACCUACACGUGCCGCGUGGAGCACUCCAGCCUGCAGGCACCCAUCCGGAGGAGCGUCACCGUGGCAGUGAGAGAAGCAACCUCCACCACCUGGCUGCUGCUGCUGCUGCUGCUGGGCCUCACUGGGUGCCUUGUGGCCUCACUCCAUCACCUCCACCAAGUGAGGAGCACAACUAAGCCCAAACCUUACUAGGCACAGUACCCCACUGCCCAGCGAAGAGCAGCCAUGGCCCCAUGAGCUUCAGGUGCCAUCAGCACUGCUGAGCGUCCCAGUGCAGGAGAGCAGGAGGCUGGAGCAGGCUGAAGGCGACAGCUGUUACUGAAUACCAGUGUGGAUGAAGCAGUCCUCCCAGUUACAGGCAAAGGGGGGGAGCUGCAAGAAUAUUUUUUGUAAUAAAAAUUGAUUUAGAGAACCUAAA